AGGCUCUGAUUUAGGGUGGGGCGUCUGAAGAUAGCGAAAGCAGCUGGAGGACUUCCUGCCAUGACAUCAUCAGAGUUUCAGGUGGAGGAGACCACGGAGACAGAGCCUUUGGGAGGUGAGCCAAUCAAAGUGGAAGCAGUUUCACCCCAUGCUGAAUAUGCACAAGUAUCUGGCAGUCCAGCCCUUUCACCGACCGCGCCCGUGAACUUGGAGCUUCCCGUGAAACUGCUGCGGUUGGACCAUUCGCCUGUUCAGAUCACGCAGUAUGAAGAAGAAGAAGAAGAAGAAGAAGAGCAAACGGAGCCAUCUUAUACACCUGCAGACUGGAUUUUCAAUCCAAGCCCAACCAGCGACAUGCUGUCAGACGUUUGGAACUCACCGGAAGCCUGGAAUCCAUGGUUCGCAAUGAAGAUGGAUAUGCCGUUUGUCGGCGAGCAUUUUGAGGCCAAUGCAGCGACUCCUCCAGAGAACAUCAGCCACGGCUCAGCUAUGCAUGGGACUGGUGCUUGCAAGCCCUGUGCGUGGUUUUGGAAACCUGGAAGCUGCCAGAACAAAGAGAAUUGCAGCUAUUGCCAUCUCUGUCCAGAAGGAGCGUUCAUGAUUUUCAAGUGUUUCUCUUGCACUCGCUCGUUGCUUGCAUCAUGCUGCAUGGGUGUUGAUAUCAGGUGAGCUGAAAGCAAGAAAGAAGGCUAAGGCCGAAAGCUUGCCUUCUAUGCCUCACACACAAACAGAGUUCCACCCAGUGACACAGACAGAGCACACGUGAGGUUGCGAUGAUGCGGCUGGGCGUUAUCACACCAAAGGCAGAGCACCCGGAGACAGUGCUGAACCUGGCCUCUUUGCUGUAGACAUUCAUUUCAAGAAUUCUCCAGAUUGCGGUCACGAAUGACCCAAUGGCUUAAGCAGCUCUAGGAAACUGGUUUGAAUAUAACAGAAAGUCUGCCCAACAUCAGCGCACGGUUUUGCA